CAAAGAGUCAUUAACGUGUCGAACGCACCACCUGUGUCUAUUCAACGUAAAGGGAGCAAUUCUUGGGAGAUUAAACAAGGUUCCGGAGGACUAGUGUCAUGCGUAGAUCCGGUAAUGUCGGUGGACAAAGAGAACAUUUGGCUGUCGAAUCUUGGAAUUAACAUCAAGGAAGAAAAACAGGAUGAAUUGGUAAGCACUUCUUUUCCGAAGUGCAGCAUGAUUAUUUUCCUGAUGCUUUUAUGCGAUUUUGUAGACUAG